CGGCAGCUCAGGAAGAGGAAAAUAGGAAAACAGCAGAGAGAAAAACAAGAGGAGAGGGGGCGGGGAGGCCUCGGUAUCCCGUGCAGACGCCUGGUGCUCCGGACACUACCGACCCAAGGACCCCCGGUCGGAUUUUGCGCUACGGGAAAUUCCCCCCCUUGAUCUUUCCCUCCAUGGUGGCGCCCAACGCCUCGAGUGGAACAGCUGUACCGCGGCCAUGAACAGCGGACUGCCCCCGACCCCCUCCGCGGUGGUGGCGGCUCCCGGGCCGCCCCAACUGCCUCCCAUGGGGGGACCCGGGGUGAAGCUGAAGUUCUGCCGUUACUACGCGAAGGAUAAGACGUGCUUCUACGGGGACGAGUGCCAGUUCCUGCACGAAGAGCCGCUGGGCAUCCAUGGCAACAGCCUGGCGGGGUACCCGCAGCUGCCCGGGCCUGUCACCCCGGCGUGCAAGAAGCUGGAGCUGGGAGGACUGGACGGGCCGCGGCUGACCAUUCCUGGAAUAGAUGGAGGGCCGUUACCGGAACCUAGUCUUACAGAUUCUUACUUCAGUACCAGCUUUAUUGGAAUGAAUGGCUUUGGAAGCCCAGCAGAGGCAAGCUACCCACGGAUGCAGCGGAUGACAAACAGCAGCAGUUCCCCAAGCCUUCUGAAUGACAGUGCCAAGACAUACACAGGCCAUGAUCCUUUAGGCUCUCCAGCUUCUACUCUCUUUAACGACUUUGCUGGUCUCAGCAUUUCUCAAAGGCGAAAGACGCCCAACCCCACUGCCAGCGAGUUCAUCCCCAAAGGAGGAUCCACUUCCCGGUUGAGUAAUAUGUCUCAGUCCAACAUGUCUGCCUUCUCUCAAGCGUUAUUCUCCCACCCAUCCAUGGCAGGUCCUGCUGCAGCCGGUCUAGCUCCAGGCAUGUCACUGUCUGCUGGGUCUUCCCCACUUCAUUCUCCUAAAAUAACACCCCACACAUCACCGGCUCCAAGACGACGAAGCCACACGCCCAACCCAGCCACUUACAUGGUGCCCACUAGUGCCUCAACACCAGUGACCAACUCCGUUUCCCAGCCCCCAUCUGCAGGACAGGUUAUCCAGAAAGAAACUGUUGGCGGAACAACGUAUUUCUACACCGAUACCACUCCUGUGCCACUCACUGGAAUGGUAAAUGCAGUUUUCCCAAAUUAUCACAUCUACCCACCAACUUCUCCUCAUGUUGCUUACAUGCAGCCCAAAGCAAAUGCACCUUCCUUCUUCAUGGCGGAUGAACUCAGACAGGAACUGAUCAACCGACAUUUGAUAACGAUGGCACAGAUUGACCAAGCAGAUAUGCCUUCGGUACCUGCAGAAGUUGAUAGCUACCACAGCCUUUUCCCCCUGGAACCGCUUCCUCCUCCCAACAGAAUACACAAGUCCAGUAACUUUGGAUAUAUUACUUCAUGCUACAAAGCUGUAAAUAGCAAGGACGACCUGACCUAUUGCCUGAGAAGAGUUCAUGGUUUUCGUCUGGUGAACACAAAAUGCAUGUCUCUGGUUGACACGUGGAAGAAAAUCCAGCACUCCAAUAUCGUUACCUUACGAGAAAUGUUUACAACCAAAGCAUUCGGAGAGCAUUCCUUGGUUUUUGCCUAUGACUUCCACGCUGGCGCAGAGACCAUGAUGAGCAGGCAUUUUAAUGAUCCCAGCGCAGACGCUUACUUUACUAAAAGGAAAUGGGGCCAGCAUGAUGGUCCUUUGCCGCGUCAACAUGCUGGGUUGCUGCCAGAGUCCCUGAUUUGGGCUUACAUUGUCCAGCUGAGCUCAGCACUGCGAACCAUCCACACUGCAGGCCUAGCGUGUCGCGUAAUGGAUCCAACGAAGAUUCUGAUCACUGGAAAAACCAGGCUGCAUGUCAACUGUGUUGGAAUUUUUGAUGUUUUAACCUACGAUGGCAGUCAGAGUAAUCCUGUAGCCCUAAUGCCCCAAUACCAGCAAGCAGACCUGAUCUCGUUAGGAAAAGUUGUGCUGGCGUUGUCCUGCAAUUCUUUGGCUGGAAUCCAACGGGAAAAUCUGCAAAAAGCAAUGGAACUUGUGAACAUCAACUACUCCUCUGACCUAAAGAAUCUAAUCUUAUAUUUGCUGACAGACCAAAACCGGUUGCGUAGUGUAAAUGAUAUCAUGCCAAUGAUCGGUGCUAGAUUUUAUACUCAACUGGAUGCAGCACAAAUGCGGAACGAUGUCAUAGAGGAGGACCUUGCAAAGGAGGUGCAGAAUGGAAGAUUGUUCAGACUCUUGGCCAAACUGGGAACAAUAAAUGAGAGACCAGAAUUUCAAAAAGACCCAUCUUGGUCAGAAACAGGUGACAGGUAUUUGCUGAAACUCUUUCGGGAUCAUCUUUUCCAUCAAGUGACAGAAGCGGGCACUCCCUGGAUUGACCUCAGUCAUAUUGUAUCUUGUCUUAACAAGUUAGAUGCUGGCGUGCCCGAGAAGAUUAGUCUCGUAUCCAGGGACGAGAAGAGUGCACUUGUAGUAACUUACAGUGAUCUAAAACGCUGCUUUGAGAAUACGUUUCAAGAACUGGUAGCGUCGGCGAACGGUCAGUUGUAGUAUUUGCUCAAAGCAUGCAGGACAUUGCUUGACGAACUAAACCGAUUGCAAAUUGCACUACAGCUGAGUUGUCAUUGUCAUCUCAUUUCACUAUUGGGAAUCAAAACCGGAGAUGAGCAGAAGCUGCUUGCACUUCAGUCAGGUACACUGUUACUUGAAGGGAAAAACGAAGCGUGUCUUCUCAGUUCGCCGCAAGCUUUUGGAGGCUUUAUCUGUGAAUUAUAAUUUUUUUUUUUCUCCUCUACUUGUAUGCACUACUUUUAAUUUGAAGACAUUUAAGGGAAUUUUUUAUUUUUUUCUUGCAAGAAUUUUUAUUUUUUUUCAGGGCCACAGUGUCGUCUUCACCAACAUCAGAAAUCGUGAAUUGCUUGUGUCCCAGUAGUGGAUCAGUUCCAGCGUUUUUCCUUUUUUGAGUUUUAACCCUUCAAUUGAAGUGUGUGCAAGCUGUUUGUCAUACUCAUUAUGUGAAGGAACAUUUCAAAGCAUCAUCCACCUAGCGGUCUAGAGGUGUCUCUCUGUCGCCGUGCACGAUUACAACACUUUUAUGGAGCUCCCGUUUAUUUUUGUAACCUGUUUAAAAAAACAAAACCAAACAAAAAAAAAAAAACACAACCAGCCGCCGCCUGUUAUAUAGACGAUUUUCUGCUUAUGCAAAAUGUUUCCUAUAAAUAUAUAUUUUUUUUUUCUAUUGGUUAUGGCACCCGUUUUGAGGAAUACCUACCAAACCUUUUAUUCGUCAUCAUGUCGAAAACUGCAUCUUCACUAGGGUAAUGUUACACUGGAUAUGGAGACACUGAUAACAAUGAAUGAAUAACUGGGGCCAGAAUCUUCUUUGGCGCUUAUUGAGAAACUUUAGUUGAACGUAUUAAUUUUUUUUUUUUUUUUUUGUUUUUUUUUGUUUUUUACCCCAUAUUCUCCCCCCUCCCCCCCCCCCCCCUCAAUUUUCUAGCCUGAAAGCUGUGGCACAGAUUUUUUUUAUUUUUUUUCAGUGAAUAGUGAAAAAAGAAACUGUUAAACUGCCAAAUCUUUAGGACAAUGGACUGUACCACAUUUGGCACUUAGUAUGGAUAUUUUUUAAUGACCUGAUCUGCUAUGCCAUGAAAUCCAGAAUUGGAGUAGGAGAAAUUUCAAAAACAGUCAAAGACUAUUGUGAAGCUUCAGUAUACAUGUUGACUUCAGUUUUAAUGAUUCUCAUGAUGUGUAUUAUUUUGAGACGUCUUUUCUGCUUCUCAGCUGUCCAUUUUUAAGCUUUACUGACCCUUACAGGAUCUUACUUUUGGAGAACAUAUUAUAAAAGAUUAUUUCAGUAAUCUCAAGGGUGCAUGCAUGCACCUACCUAAAAUAGAAGUUCAUACAUCUACAAUACACACAUUCAGAUAUACACUUAAAUAUACAUGCAUAUAUACAAAAGUACACUUAUGCAUAUACACAUGGACUCAUAUACAUGCAUAUACUUGUGCACCCAUGCAUAUAUACAAACAUACACAUGCAUAAACACACACGCCUAUAUACAUACACACUUUAUGAUUUUCAAUUGACAACCUAUGUUGCCGCCAUUGUUACGUCUUGCCACGGUUUUGUCACUUUUUGUAAGGAUAAUGAACCUGUUGCCAUUGUUAAGGCGAAUUUAAGCACGAACUGGCUCUUAUCAUUAGCUUGUGUAUAUGAGCAGAGAAACGGCUUUUUUUUUUUUUUUUUUUUUUUUUUUGGACAAAUCAUAUUGCAAUUUUUUUGUACAAAACUAAAAGUACUUGUAUUCUAGAAAAACAUGCUUAAUUUAUAAGUGUUUUUAUUUUUUGUGUUGCUGGACAUGCUCAUAUAGACAUACAGGGUUCCUGCCUCACCUUCCUCUACAGUCUUUUUCCUACUUUUUGGGGACCAAUGUUUAGGGUUUUUGAGGGAGAUCAAGACUUUCAUCCUUAAUUGACCAGCAAACCAAUUGCAAUAUUGUGGGGGGAGGGGGAUAUGACCUCUUUGGGUCUCAUUAUUUUAUUUUUCCUCUUUUACUAUUGACCUAAUUGUAAUCUCAGGAUAAAACAAAAAAAGAAAAAAAAAAAAUCAACAAAAAGAGAUGGCAGCCCAUGCAUGUACUUAUAUUUAAGUUGCAAAGAAAAGCUUUAGUCUAUGGUCUUGUACAGGUAUUGUAUGGACUGAAGGUUUUUAAUUAUUUUAUAAUUUAAAAUUCAAAACUACAUCAAAAAAUUCCCAGCAUGCAUCCCCAACACACAUUUUAUAAAUAGAGAACUGAUCGUCAUUCUCUUUCUGCAAAAAUAAAAGCACAGAGAAAACUAAUCACGUAAGUUUUUCUUCUACAGUUUUUGUACACAUGUGAUUUAUUUUUUAUUUUUUUUUGUUUCUCACGUGUAAAUAUGACUUAAUGGUACAUAUUUUUAUUUGCCUGGAAGAGAAUCCUGUAUUGUCAGAGACCUGUAUGUUAUAUGUUCCAGUGUCAUGAUCCCCAAAUGCUUCACAUCUUUUUUUAUUUUUUUUCUGUUUUCACAUGUACAGCAGUAUUUUGUAAUAAAGGAUACAA